UUUGUCAUAGUUCAACGAAUACAGCACCUCUGAAAUGUUGUCCAAGUAUAAAAGGCGAUGUGAUGUAAUUAUUUUGAUAACAACGAAAGAAGAUUCACUAUCGAGAACAUUGGUGCCUUGAGUUUCAUAAUAAGUUCUUAAGAUGAGAUCGGUUAUUAUAUUCGUGAUAGUGGCAUUUUUGAGUGCUUCAUAUGCGGAGGAAACCACGGUGGAACCUAUGGUAGAGAAGACGACAGAUGCUCCAUCUUUAGCUGAAGAGCCCUUAAUAACGACUUUAUUGGCUAAGACAACCGUUCCAACGACAAUUGCAACAUCGCCACCCCCAACAACUACAACUGCAAGUCCAAGUACAACGACUCCAGCACCGACCACAACAACCCCAACACCAACCACACCCGCCCCAUCACCAACCACACCCGAACCAUCACCAACCACACCAACCCCAUCUCCAACCCCUUCACCAACCACAACAACGCCAGCCCCAACCACCACAACCCCAGUUCCAACCACCGUUCAAAGACGGGUUACAACACGAGCUCCAGUUAGUACAACCCCAGUAACAACCAGUGCCCCAUCUAGAUCGAGGUCAAGAAGUCGCGUACUGAAAACUCAGGAAAGCGAUGAGUCCUACCGCCAACUGAUACCAAUCAAGGUAUUGGCAGCAGGAAAUUCUGAAAGUCAGCCAAAAGAAAAGGAAGUGACUUCAGCUGAACCAAGACAAAUUAACAUCAUCCGUUCAGGCUCUACUCCUCCAUCAAGACGCAGCCAGCCUUCAGGCACUCCAUCUACGAAAACUGAAAGUGGAAAAGUUGCAGAGAAAGUCGACAAAUCCCAACGACGAGGCAAAGUCCAUUAUCCAACUGGCAGGGAAUUAGGACUGGACAAUCCACCCGUGCAUUAUCAAAGCAAAUAUGAGUUGGACAAGUACAAAUUUUCGUAUGAAACGAAAGAUGGACAAACCAGAGCUGAAAACGGUAUCUUCGAAAACAUGGGAACCGAUGACCAAAACUAUGUCGUCAAGGGAUCAUACAGCUAUUUUGACGCCGACGGAAUUGAAUUCAUCGUCAACUACACUGCAGAUAGGAAGGGAUACCAUCCAGUCAUAACAGUGAAGAAUCCUCACCGCGGUGAGAAUUGAUUGACUCAGCCAUAACAGCGAACAAACAAUGCUUAUACUAAAAUCGCUGUCAGAUUUAUUUUUAAAUCAUUCUAAUGUUAAUUUAUUAGCAUAAAUCCAAUACUCAUAAGUACAUAAGUUUAGAUAAUCUAGCUUCAUAUUUGAUCAUUCAAAACACGAGGUUGUGUUACUAGUCACGGCUUUACCAGAAAUCAAAGAGAAGAGCGUACUUUUCUAGUUUGGUUUGAAAUUCCAUAUAUCCUUUCAGUCAUACAUGUAUUUUAGGAGUAAAUAGGUACCUUUACCGGAUCUGUUAAAAUUACGAGAAGAAAAUAUAGGCUGCUAGAUUGCUAAAAUACAUUUUAAAAAUUCAUUUAA